GGGUAGGACAGAGAUUCUGAACAUCAAACUCGUAUUUUUUUAUUUUUUUUUAUGUUAGUCUAAUUUCUAGUCCCUUGAAUUGGGAAAAAGGGUAUAUAUGCAUGCCAGUUAUAAUGCCAGUUAUAAUAAUGCAACAUGAUACUUUGAGUUCUUAAUUUUGUAAGCAAUAAAAUCAUACACAAAAUACACAAGUACUACAACUAUACUAGGCAACAUAAUAUUCUUCACAACAUUGAGAGCCUCAUCUCGUCGCGUCUCGACCGCAAGAAGACUAGUCCGUAGUCGACCUAUCGCUAGCGCGUCCCUCGAUCGUCAAGACAACGCAGGUUGCAGACAGUUGUUGGAUCUGACUUGCCUGAAUUCCAUAACAGCUGGCGAUAACCACAAUCAUCAGGAAUUCUUUUGUUUUUUACCAUGUCUUGCAACGCCUUACGCAUCAUCGUAGAUUUGAACAUUGAAGCAGUGACCUGUCCCGGUGUGGUCCUGAAAGACCGUCAGGAUGUAUACCUGAGUGUGUGUAUGCUGGGAUUCCAGAAGAGGACUUUGUGUCUCCCUCCAUUCUUCCCGCUCCUGUUCCAUCAGAAGUUCAGAUUUGAAAGGACCUAUGCAAACUGUGGUGACCCGGCACACUUGGCCCACGUUCUUCAGUUUGAGGAUGUCUUGAUUGAACUGAUUCAACUAGACGAAGAUUUCAAUCAAGAUGGGACGGUUCUGGCCUUUUACCAGCUCUCAACCAGAGAUUUCCUCUAUCCAGAGGACUCGAUGCUCCCCCGCUACGCCGAGUCCGAUCGGGAGGUGCUCAUGAACAAGAAGAUUUGGUUUACGGGCCUUUCACCGAAGCUGGAGUUUUCAUGUAAGACCACCAUCCAAGACACGGGCACUCCAGCCUUAGAUUAUUACAGAGAUCGCGUGGCCGAGCUUGAAGACACCAAUGAGGAUUAUGUCGUUGUUACGCCAAGCAAGACGAGGGGAAGGAAGAAAAAGAGUCUCAAACGAACCAAGAGUUAUGAAGCACCAACCAUCUCAUCGACAAUGAAGGCAUCGGUGAUGAAUACUUCAGGGAUCGAAGAUAGACCACCAUUUAUCAUCAAAAGGAAAGACACUCAUAACCGAGCUACCUCACCAUACAGAGCAAGGUCCCCAUCACCACGGCGACCUGCAUCAGCCCCGCCCAAUCGACCGAGAACACCCAUCUCAUUCAGAACAGGUCCCCCUGAAAUCACUGGAAACUCAUCUGAGUACAUCUCUGAAGCUGACUGUCGUAUCUGUAGGAUAUAUCAGCGUUACUUUGGAAGACGUUACUGGGGCCAUAAAAAAUACUUCCAUCCUAACAAUGGCAUCAAAUUCACAUCAUCAGAGCAAAUGCGGAAUACAUUAAGAGAUGAAGAGUUAGAGAGAAUCCUGAGUACCAGAGUAACAGAUGUCGAUAUGGAGAGUUCAGAAGAUCUGAUAGAUUCUAUGAAUGGCCUAUCAGUGUCCCUACCACCGGUUCCAGGACCCGCUGUAGACUACGCUCGUCUUCCCUACUCUCCACGGCUCUCCCGUUCACCCCGCCUUUCAAGGUCCAGAUCUAGAUCGCCACGCCUGUCACGGUCCAGGUCCAGGUCUCUGAGUCCAUCAAGGAGAUAUGCCCGUUCUCGUUCACGGUCCAUGAGUCCUAUCUUAGCAAGACCAUCCCUUCGGCAACGGUUAAGUCCUAGACCAGGAUCUCCUUCUCAUGCAGAUCUCAUACACCAUAGAGUACAGAGAGCCCUGGAUAGUAAUUAUUUGGAUGAUUCUGAUAGUUCAGUGACCUCAGAAGAAGCACUUGGUGCCCUAAGGUCAUCUCUUAACGGCAGCUCUUUAAGCAGCUUUAGGUAUUCAUCCCUGUAUUGAUCACUGUUGGUUCACAUUUUUUGUGAGUAUAUCAACAGACUUAGGAGAUGGUCAUCACCUGUCUACCAUGAGUUCUAAGAUGUGUGGCAAGACCCACCGUCAACUCUUUGAGGAAUCACUAGCAAGGAUCUAUCGCAGGCUACACAAGAAGAUUAAGAACAGUACCUACUAGUAUUACCAGUCAAGCACCAAGAAAUGAUGUACAUCUGGACCCUGGCUUACAUAAAGUUGUGACUGAUCCAAUCAACCACAACUAUGGAUAGCCAGCAAUGCCAGUAUCUGAAAUGCAUGUUUGUCCAAAAUAUUUUAUACAUAUGAUGUGUAUUCAUGCAUUCUUUGUUUUCUGGAAAAUUCAGUGUGCUCCUCUUUGUUUACUCAGGACAUUGUGGAAAUUUCCGUGAGGAAAAAUUAUGACAAUGGUGGAUUUCCAUACAGUUGAGGUUGGUCUGAUCAAUUGCAACCCUUUUUAAGACAGAGCCCUGGGGCCCGUCUUACAAAGAGUCACGAUUGCUCCAAUCAAUCGUAACUCUAGGGAAAUCCAUCAGUGUCGUAAUUUUUUUCUACAGGAAAUUUGCAAAAUGUCCUUUGUAAACAAAGCGAACACACCAAAUUGUCAAGAAAUCGAUGAAUUUACGAAUAUACAUCAUAUCUAGAAAAAUUUUGAUCAAGCAUGCAUUUUAUAUGUUGACUUUGCUGGCUUUCCAUAGUUGCGAUUGAUCGUAACUCUAUGUAAGACAGUCCCCUAGACGUUUAUACUGUGAUAUCUUCAUGUCAGUCAUGGCAACAUUGAGAUAUCCAUGUCAAGGAUGCAGGUUUUCUUCAACUUUGUAAAAUUAGAAAAGGCAUCACUGGCCUUUCCUUGGUGACAACAUCAUAUCGAUUGUUAGAAAUGAAAAAAUAAUUUGUUGAUAUAAAAAAGCAAUAUGACGAAUCUAGGCCCUGUAGCAUAAAGCUUAAUGAGUGAUUGCAAGACUGAUUUUUAUGAUUGAUCAUAAAGAAUAUUUAAUGUUAUUGAUCAUAGAAAUAAGCCCUACACUUGUUACGAAGCCUUAUGUUAAAGGGCUCCUUAAUAAAUUGCCUGUGCCAAAUGAAAUAUUGCUGUCACUGGAGGUGAUAACUGAUCAGUCAUAAUGGGUGUUGCAAGAAAAUAUUUGCAAUCAAUCGCAAAUAUUCUGUUGCAAUUUUUCAAUGAAUAAGGAAAUUUUAGCUGUAACAAAUCAGAUUACACUAUUUGUUGCAAGGAACAGUUCAGCAAUCAAUCACAAAUUUAUAAUUAAUUACAAGAGAUAUGAUUGAUUUAAGGAGUGAAAAUAGACUUGCAAUUGAUCACAAGUUUCUUGCAACGCCCCAUUAGUAGCACAAUUGCUUUUGUGAAAAGUCACUUAAUUUGAAUGAUUUUUUUCUUCUUUUAAUUGAUGUCCUCUCUGAAUCCAAGCUCUCUGUAUUGAGUUGUUCAGAUCUGAUGCAACAAAACUUAACGUUUUCAUAUUGUGAAUUCUGGCCUCAGAAAGUGCUCCAAGAUUGCAUGGCAAGCAAAUGACGACAUUAUUUUUCUUUGGUGCCAUGGCUCAUGUUAUUUGACUUAAUGAUUUUAUUAUUACAUCAUGAGACUUUAGCCAGAUUCUGGAAAGAUAAUAUUUCAACCCUAAAAGGACUGGGGGGAUGAUGGCCUCUCCUCGACGCUUCGCGUGAUAUUUCAGAAAUGAAAAAAGAUAGCGCCGCAAAAUUUUGUAUGACUUUUUUCUUUGAAGUCUUGCGCAACUUUUGAGACCAAAUUCGGGACAUACGGGUAAAGCAUUGCGACGUCACAUUACUUUUUAUGAGACAAUGUCAUGCCGAAAAUGGCUCAUUUUAAUUGUGUACAAAGUCUAUGGGAGAUGAAAUUCAUAAAAGGGUGAUUAUUUUUUGUUCUAAUCGGUCUGCUUAAUUAAUUUAGGAUUUAAUUUAGUUGUUAAAUGGUCUAAUAAUUUCCAUUGAAAAAAACAAUGAAAAGCAAAAUAUGAAAAAACAAAGAAAUACAUGAGGAAAAAAUUGGCUUUCGCAACUUUUCUUUGUGGAAACCUUUGAAUUAGAUUACAAAGAUGAGAUCUGCAAAAAAAGAAUAAAAUUUGAAGUGAAAUUGGGUGUUAAAUAUGGAAAUAAUGUUUUUCUUGAUUAAAUUUGCAAAUUUUAUUUAUAAUAAACAAAAAUUAUUUUCAGAAUUUUAAAAAAUACUAUCUUGUAGUUUAUGUGGUAAGGUAUGUGCAUGACAUCGCGAUUGCGUGAACGGUGGCCGAGAUCAGAGGGGGGGGGGGGGCUAUCAUGGCCCCCCCCCCCCCCCCGUCCUCAAUACAUCUCAAAUAGCCCAGUCCUUUUUGGAUUAAGUGAUUUCCACAGUAACCAUUAUUCUGCAUUUACCCCCAUUAUUCCUCAUGCUGCUCUUAAAUUGCAAUCAAUAUUCUUUCUUUUAAAACUGAAAUUGAAACAGUAAUUGCUGUUACAUAAUCAUAUUGCAGGGCAAUUGAUAUUUGAAUGAAAUAAUUUGGAAUUGUAAAUGUAUAUAUGGUACUGUUUUUUUUUUUUUAUAUACAUUGUAGAAAGUUCAUUUUUAAAGAUAUUCAUAUUUAGCCAGGCUGGUCCAUUUGGGAAGUAAACUAGAUAUAUACAUGUAUACCUUUUAGAUGAAAGCAACAUAAAGGAAAAAGAUAAUAAUGGUCGCAUAUAUAAUUUUACCAAUUACUGAUUAAAAUAAGGAGGCAACUUGGAAGGUAAUACUUCCCAAGUAAUUUUUUAAGGAAAGGGCUGAUUAUCGCAGCUGAAUAGACAUCUUUGGCCCAUACAGGACAAUUCAAACACAACUCUUAAAAAAAUUAAAUAUCAGUCACAGAUGCUUGGUUUUAAAUGUUUUUAAAUGAAGUUGAUUUUUUUAUUUUUGGAAUUGCAUUUAAUUCAGACUAGGGUCCAGAUGGGCAUUUGGCUUCUUUGCCAUAUUGUGUACAGUACCGUACUCAUUUUUAUGAAAAAAAGAAAUUUUUCAGUAAAUGUGCAACUAUAAAUAUGAGAUGAAAUGAUUGAAAAGAGAAAAAGAUCUCCCAAUAUAUGUAGAAUGACACCUGGGCCGUGUUACAUAAAAGUUAGUAUUAUAGUAACUUUGCCAUUUAAUGGUAACAAUGCUAAUCAACCAAUCAGAAUCAAGGAUAUCAGGGAAGCUACCAUUGGAUGGCAAAGUUCCUAUAAGCGUAACUUUUAUACAAUGGGGCCUAGGUGAAUAACAAAAAACUUAAGGAAACGUACUGACCAUCAAAUUCAGAAGAAAUUUAUAUUAUGAAUACAUAUAGAGUGACUGUGUUCAUAUAGAAUUAAAAAAAUUGAGUACAUCUGGGUCCCCUCAACACAAAGGAUAGCAAUUGGUCGUACGCUUGAUUUUCACGUUUGAUUGUACAUUGUGGUCAAUGCAAUCAAUCCUAAAGGUAUUCUUCUAUGAUGAUUGCUAAGCUUUGUGUUACGGGGCUCCUGAAUAAAAAAUAAAUACAAUUCUCAAUCGUACAUGGACCAAAUCAAAAUGGCAAUACGCUCAAGCCAUAGAGUAUAUUCAUUAAUUUCAAUUAAAUUGAUAUUUACGUGGCAUUUCUUAUAUUUUCUUUUAGAUCAUUGUUGUAGGACUCUAGUUUCUGUUAAUGAUAUUGAAACAGUAAGAAAGCAGCUGUAUAUAACUGUAUAACUGAAUAUUGACAGUUAAUAUUGUGUGCUUUAUUAUGAAAAUUUUAUUUUCUUUUACAUUUUGAUACUUUUUUUCACUGUACAACACACAUCACACAUAUACAAAACACACGUGAAACUGUUGAGGAUUAAAAGAAAAAAUUAGAGCAAUGUGUGUAGAAUUCUUGUUUAUGGGAUAUGGUGUGAUGCAUUACAUAAUAUCAAGUAUAGAUUCAGAGAAUGUAGGCUUGCAGGGAAUACACUUUUGAGAAUCCUCUGUAAAAUGUUUUAUUUUCUGUGUGUCUUUCUUAGAUGGUCUGUUUAUAUAAUAUAUUCUGUGACAUUACAGCCAGAAUUUGUGUGAUAAAGUUAACUUUGUAGAUUUAUCAAACUAGAACUUAGGUAAGGAAAGGAGUGUGUACAAUUUGAAAGUAAAACAAUAUCUAGUAAAUGUUGCCUCUCUGUUAUUGAAUCAGAGUUUAUUAUAAAUCUGUAUUUAGAAAUAUUGUUUCUGGAUAAGCUUCAUUAAUUAAACUGAAAAUAAUGAUGUGAUAUUUUCAGUGAUGAUGCAGCCUAUGGUAGAAACAUGAGACAAAAUUAACAAAUUAAAUAUGCUUUCGCACAUAAGCUGGUGGAGUGCCUGAACUAGUAGCUAACCAUAGCUGUAGUCUUUGACUAGAUGUCUCCUUCCAACAAAAGUUAUGAAAUUUGUAUUAAUUAACUUGAUUUCUACAAAUAAGAAUGCAUGAUUGACUAAGAAUAGAUGUGAUUUGAUAUGAAAUGAGUAUGAAAUUAUUUACUAAAACAGAAUCCUUUUCUGGGGCGUUUUUGAACGUGAGGUUUAUCACAACAAGUUCCAAGAUGCUUGAAAAGGGAAACGUAGGCUGUUUCAUACUGAUUUUAUGGGAAUGAAAAAUGGCAAACGAUGUAGUACAGUUAGGUCCAUGCUUAUAUAUCUGAUUUUAAGGUAAGAUAAAGAUAUCCCCUUUGUAAGACUGCUUUAUAUUCUUUUGCCUUAUUCAGACAAGAUGUUUCAAAACUCACUACAGCAAAGCUGAGCUGCAAGUUGUGUCAAGUCAAAGAUAUAUGAUGCCUAAAGUCCGUGAGGUGGGAUACCUUUGUCUGAAAAAAAAUCUUUGCUAAAAUGCAAUG